AUGCUCUCUACAAGCAAACGUAAUUAUGGAAAAAAAAUUACAGUGAAUGAUGAAGCUGUUUCAAUGGUUUUAAAGAUAUUGGCUUCUUUACUUUCACCUACAACAUUUGCUUUAGGGUCAGUCAAUUUUGCUGAUUAUGAGCGUGCACACGUUGGACUCCGCUGGAGCAAAAUUUGGAGGGCAUCUUCUGGAGUGUGCUUUCUAAUCUGUCUCAUAAUGAUAGUGUUCGACUCUAUGAGGUACUUUGCAAUUGGCCUCUAUCUGGAUAAGGUUCUUCAUAAGUAG